UUAGGUAUUUUCAUUGGCCCUUAAAAACUGUAUGGGCCCUAAGUACUGUGUCUGCAGAACUCGACGGAUAAAAUGGCAUUAGCCAGAGUAAACGGGACGGCUGUGAACUCUAACUUUUUCAAGCCCCAAAUGCCAUUCCUGUGAUAGUCUGCCUCUUGGAGAAUAUUUUCCUCAGUAAGUGUUUGGAAAGGUUUCUAGACAUUUUCGAAAGGUUACUAAACAGCAUUUGAAAGACAGGAGAGUAAGGCAAAAUCCAAGAUAUUAUUGAUGAGCCAAAAUUUUAAAAUUACUGCUGGCAAAGCUCACUGUUUAUACCAAAUCCUGGGCCAACACUGACCUCCAAUUGGGCACAGAUAGAAGAAACAGUGAUUUGGUAGAAGGUUGGAACUGGCAUGGGUCCAAGAGGGAAUGUCCUUUUGAGUAGAACGGGACUGCUCCUUGAGAGACAUGUGAAUAUCAUGUCAUUUUGAUUCCAGAGUGUUCAGUCUAAUGUGUUUAGAGAAUAAAAUUAAGUUUUUACCUCAAUAUAUAAAAUGGGCCAAAUAUUAUUUAAUAUUUCAAAGGGUUUGAAUUUCAAAUACUGUUAUGUAGAAAAACCUAUAAGAAGAAACAUGAGAAAUGGCUGAUGUUAUUUUUAAAUUCUAAGGCAGUGGCUCUCAAUGUGUGGAACGCUUUGUGUCAUGAGGCCACUCUGUAUGUGUGACUAUGAGGGCAAAAAUAUUUCAAAAUAAUCCUAGGACACCGUUUGUCUCUUCCACUGUGCUUACAUUUGCCUGUUGAAAAUUACAUUGCAAAAGCAAUGGUGGGUAAAACUGUUGAUACCUUAGCAUGAACCACAGCAGGGGUACCACACUGACUAACAGUGACUCAAUCAGAAAAGGAAAAAAAUACAAGAAAAACCAGUUUCACUCAAGAAUGUCCUCAAUGAAGCAGUAAGAAUUUUUAAUCUUAUUAGAUCUCAACCCUUCAGUACAUCUUUUUUAUAUUAUGUAUGAUAUAAUGGGAAGUAAGCAUAAGUGCUUCUGCAGCUUAACAAAGUAUACUGGUUUUCAUGAGGAAACGUACAUAAGUAUUUGAGUUGCAAAUGUAUACUUUUUUCAUGGAACACUAUUUUUUCUUGAAAAAAGUCUGACAACAAACUACAGUGUUCAUAGUUGGGCAUUUGGCAACAUUUUUGCAAAACAUGGAUGGAGGGAAUCUGUCACUUCAAGGAAAACAAUAAACCAGCUUGAUAAAUUUCAAGAUUUUCAAGCUAAAAUUAGAAUUUUGAAAAAUUUGUAUUUUUCAAUACAAAUAUUGAGUCUUCUCAAUACUCAAAGACUUUUCUGGUGAGAUUGGUGGAGAUAUUAAUGAAUAUGAUAUUUUGAUAUUAUAUAAUACAAUGAGUCAACAUUUGGAAGACCUACAUAAUUCAGUGAGCCAUUGUUUGCCAAAUGACCAAUACAUGAUAUUACACAUCUAUUCAAAAUAAAAAAUAGAACCAGUGACUAUUAAUAUAACAGAGUAUGAAAGUUCAUUGAUUUGGCCUAAAAUGACACAUUGCAGCUAACUUCUUAAAAAAAUAUCAUUUGUCAAAUUUUCAUAAAGUAGCAAAGAAUGAUAUCCUCAAUUAUCUGAAAAGGCUAUGAAAAUACUCUCCCCUUUCCAUUUACGUAUCUCCAUGAGGCUAUUUUUUCUUCAUAUACUUCAAAAUAAUAUAUCACAACAGAUAUAAUGCAGAAGCAGAUAUGAGAAUCUAGUUAUCUUCUAUCAGUUCAGGUAUUUAAAACGUUUGCAGAUAUGUAAAACAAUGCCACUCUUCUCACUUUUUUUUUUAGAAAACCAAAUUAUUUUUUAUGAAAGUAUACCACUUACGUUAAUAUGUAAUGGGUUUUUAAUUUUAAAUUAAUAAGUAAUUAUCUAAGACUUUCUUAGUUUUAAUGUCUACUAUAAAAUGUAGGUAGAUAUAACCCAAAUAAACAAAAUCUGUGUGAUUCUCAAUAAUUUUUCAUUUUUUUAAAUUUAUAGUUAUUUAUUUAUUUAUUUAUUUAUUUAGAGACAGAGUCUUGCACUGUCACCCAGGCUGGAGUGCAGUGGUACCAUCAUGGCAUACUAUAGCCUCCACCCUCUGUGCUCAAGUGAUCCUCCCACCUCAGCCUCCCAAGUAGCUGAGACUACAGGCAUGCACCACCAUGGCUGGCUAAUUUUUUUAUUUUUUUGCAGCAACAGGUGUUUUGCUGUGUUCCUCAGGCUGCUCAACAAUUUUUAUGAUUCAAAAAGAGCCUUAUGACCAAAACCUUUGAGAACUGCUGUAGUUAAAUGUGUUUGUUCUAAGCCAGCAGUCAUUGUGACAUCAGCAGCAGGUUAAUGAUUACCAUAUGAAGGAUUCCAUGCAGUUGACUAUUAUUUCACAGAGCUCUCUGGUUGGGCUGUUCUAUAAGAAGCUAAUCACCUAAGAGUGUCUAUUGCUGUGGCUGAUGAUUUCCAGAGUGUUCUAAGAUGUUAUCAGGAAAGGCAUCCAACAAAUAGUAAGAGAAGGACCAUUUCAUUCGUACAUUAUUUCUUCCUGUGAUUCUAUGUUUUCCAACACCUUGCCUCUUGUUUCACCAUGAAAGAUGUACACACUUCACACCAAAAGGGUAAAAGCUGCUGCUAGGCAGAUGUGGACUUCAAAUCUCUCCAAGGUCAGACAGUCUCUUAAAAAUGUUUACCACAAAUGUAAGAUUCGGCACCAAGAUUCAACUGGAUAUCCAACUGUGACAUCUGAUGAUUGUAAUCAAGAUGAUGUUAGUUAUGAUGGAAAAAUAAAUCUUUCAGUAGUGCUCCAAGACGUUAAAACUGCUCAAGUUGAGCUUUUCAGCCAAAUGACUGACAUUGUCCAUACGAUACCAAAAGUCCAGGAAAAGACUGACUUGUAUCAAAAACAGAUGGAGGUCCUGGAAACCAGAAUGAAUGUUAAUGAAGACAAACAAUGCACAACGACUAAAGAUAUCCUCUCUAUGAAAGAAGACAUCAAGGCAUUAAAGAAGAAGGUGACAGAACUGGAAAAUCAGAAUUACUGCUCCAGGAUACAUUGUCUAGAGAUUCUGGAGGGAGAAAGGGGUAAAGAAAUCACAGAACUGCUUUACAAACUCAUACAACCAGCAACUCUGAAGAACACUUUGUCCUCUACAGACAUGGAAAUCUCUUCAGCAGAACCAGAGAAAGUGCCCAGUUAUCCAAAGUCCACUGACCAUCUUGAGAAAAAAACAAUUUCUCCCCAAAUGAAAACUCUGAAGAAACGUAACCAUCAAAAUGCAUCAACGAGCUUUAAAAAAGCAAAGUCAAAUAUUUACAUUUACCCAGACUUCAGUACAUGGAUGAAGCUAACUUUUGUUCAUGGAGGAAAAUGGACAUUUUUCCUCAGUGCUACCAAGUUAGAAGAAUUCAUCCAGUGGCUUCUUUCUAGGCCAACCGUUCUUCCUGAGGAACCCCAGGUCAUAACCCAGAGAUACUGUCCAUUCACUGGGCCUAUUUUGAGCUUGACCACAAUCUGUCUCUCCAUCUUCAACAAUAUUUACCGCUUUAUUUGUUCCUUAAAAGAAGAAGUAACUCGACUAUAGAGUUACAUUCUGCUUUGCUUGGCACAAAAUAAAUGUAACCUGGAGGCUCCAAGUAUUCACACAUUGGUGUGGUGGCUGUGAGUUCUUCAGUAGUUUGCUCACUCUGGGCCCACUAUCUGCAGAGUUUCUCUAUGUCUACAGUAAGUUAAGGCACAUGA